AUGGCCCUCAAUGUUGAUCUCGACUUCGGCAAAUACACUACCCCCCUAGCCCUUCUAGGCCUAGCAGCCCUAACAAAAACAACCUACUCCUAUACCCGCCAAGCAAGUAACUACCUGCGCCCAAGCACGCUGCGCACACGCUACAAUCCCAACUCCAACACAACACCAAAUUGGGCCCUGGUGACCGGCGCCACAGAUGGUAUAGGCUUCGGGUUCGCACAGGAGCUAUGCGCGCGCGGAUUCAAUGUCAUCUUGCACGGGCGCAAUAGUCAGAAGUUGAAUCAGCGCAGGGAGGAACUGACGGCUGAGUUUCCGACUGCGAAGCUGGGGGUUGUUGUUUGUGAUGCUGUGAGCUUUGGCGGAGAUGUUGAUCGUAUUGAUGAGGAGGUCAGGGGCAUCAUUGCUGCUUCGGCUUCUGGGGGCAAGUUGACCGUUCUCGUUAAUAAUGUUGGCGGGGAGACGAAGCCGUCGACUCUGCUGAAGGAUUAUACGUAUGAAGAUAUUGAAACCACUGUUGCGUGCAAUGCGACGUUCGCGAUUCAGAUUACGCGAGUACUGGCUGCACAGUUGGAGGAGAGUGCACCGGCGUUUGUGUUGAACGUUUCUUCUGUGGCGGCCUUUGGGAUGCCCUAUAUCAGUGCUUAUUGUGCGACCAAGGGGUUUAUGGAUUCCUUUACCAUGUCGCUUGGGGCAGAGUUCCGGGCGGAGGGCAAGGAUGUUGAAGUUAUGGCGUUGAGGGUAGCCGAGGUGCGGACUGCUGGGUAUGAUGUUAAGAGUAAUUUGUUUGUCCCCGAAGCGAGGGUUCUGGCUGCUGCUGGACUGGAUCGUGUGGGAUGUGGGCAGGAAUUUGUGUGGGCGUAUUUCUGGCAUUGGUUGCAAGGGUUGUCGUUUGAUAUCUUGCCUAGGUGGGCUUUGUUGAAGAUUGCUUCGAUGAAGCUCAAGGCUAUUAAGUUUGAGGCAGACGCAAAGAGGAAGAGUAGUUGA